AUGUCUUCUACCACACUUAACAAAUUAUCAAUUGAAAACGUCGAUUUCCAAAACAAACGUGUUCUGAUGCGCGUGGACUUUAACGUUCCCCUGGAUUCAAAUCUGAACAUCACCAACGACCAAAGAAUCAAAGCUGCCCUUCCAAGUAUCAACUAUAUAUUGGAGCACGGUGCUAAAGCGCUCAUUCUGAUGAGCCAUCUUGGACGCCCAGACGGCCAAGUGGUGGCUAAGCAUUCCUUGAAGCCUGUCGGUGAGCGUCUUGGCCAGCUUUUGGGACGCCCAGUCAGCUUUCUUAAUGAUUGCAUUGGUGCUGAUGUCGAAGCUGCUUGUUCCUCAGCCUCUAAUGGUCAGGUUAUCUUGUUGGAAAACUUGAGAUUUCAUCUUGCAGAGGAGGGAAAAGUUUCCAAGAAAGAUGGCACUAAGCUCGUUGCAACGCCAGAGCAGAUUGAAGCCUUCCGCACAUCGCUUUCCAAGCUCGGCGAUGUCUAUAUUAAUGAUGCCUUCGGAACUGCACAUCGCCCCCAUAGUUCGAUGGUCGGCGUAGAUAUGGAUGUUAGGGCAUCUGGAUUUCUUAUGAGCAAAGAACUCCGCCUCUUUGCCCAAGCCUUGGAAAAUCCCGCGCAUCCUUUUCUUUCUAUCUUAGGAGGUGCCAAGGUUUCAGACAAGAUCCUUCUGAUUGAAAGCCUACUCGACAAGGUCGACGAAAUGAUCAUUGGCGGAGGCAUGGCAUACACCUUCAAAAAAAUUGUGGAUGGAAUGCAGAUUGGCAAUUCUCUGUUCGAUUCCCAUGGAGCAACUAUUGUUCGCUCUUUAGUUGAAAAAGCCGCCGCAAAAAAUGUUAAGCUCCAUUUUCCAAUUGAUUUUGUGAUUGGAGACAAAUUUUCGGCCGAUUCAAAUAUCCGUAUUGUCACCGAGGAGGAGGGAAUUCCAGAUGGCUGGGAAGGCUUUGAUAUUGGCCCAAAGUCGCGCGAGCUCUUUUCUGAAGUCAUCCUUCGUUCCAGAUGCGUCCUUUGGAAUGGCCCAUUGGGUGUGUUUGAAUUGGAGCCAUUCGCUAAUGGAACCAAAGCAGCAUUGAAAGCUGUUGUUGAGGCCACAGAAAAAUAUGGAUGCAUUUCUAUCGCCGGCGGGGGUGAUACAGCGACGGCUGUUGAAAAGUGGGGAUGUUCUGAAAGUUUGAGCCACGUCAGCACUGGAGGAGGAGCCAGCUUGGAGCUUCUUGAGGGUAAAGUUUUACCAGGUGUUGCAGCUCUUUCAUCCCCAUUAUCGGGUUAA